CUUGCCUUCUGCUUCGGUUUUGAGGCAGCCUCUAGUUCUAUGUCGCCCUCCUUUGACCCGGCCCGCAGUCGGCGCCGAGUGACUUAGCCAUUUACGCCCUUUGACUUCGACUUUUCUUUAGCUAAGCGCAAUAAUUUCUUUCUGCUGGCAAUUCGUACGCUUGCUUUCUCGUUUUGUCUUGUCAUCCUGUGCCACACAUACCACAAGCCAAAGUACAGACCGAAAGCAUGGUUCAGCUGGACACUUUCGGCGUGGAGCAAGUAGGUCUUAUAUCCUUGUAAGGAUGGGUAUCAAAAAUGAGCUUGGACGUAAGAUACAACGGUGUCUUUUAGCCCAGCUUCGUAUAUAUACGUCCAGAACUAAGGGAGCUCACUAUUUCACGUACCCUUGACGAUGGAGAUUUUUUUCCCCUUUCUUUACAUGUUACAUGGGACACGUGCUGAGAACUUUUCGUCGGCAGUGGAUGGACGAAUACGAGCCGAUCUGCUCACACGAUCUCGGCGAAACAUGCUGUGAUUCCAUCUCGAUAGAACAGCUUCAGGAGUUGUCUGAUGAUAAGGCAACGCAGAUACUACAGCCCAGCGCAAGGCUUGGCUAUGGCGAGAUACGAGGCUCAAAGGAAUUGCGUGAGAACCUCGCGAGACUCUACUCAACCAAAGUUGGAACUCCUUUGCCGUACGAAAACGUUCUCAUCACGCCUGGCGCCAUCGCUGCAAACCACCUUGUCUUCUACGCACUCGUGGGACCUGGCGACCACGUGAUAUGCCACUACCCAACAUACCAGCAGCUCUACGCCGUACCAGCGUCCCUUGGAGCCGAAGUUUCUCUGUGGAAGGCGUCUUUCGACAAGAAAUGGAUCCCCAGCCUCGACGAACUCAAGUCUCUAAUCAGAGAAAACACCAAGCUUAUCGUUCUCAACAACCCCAAUAAUCCGACUGGUGCUGUGCUCCCAGGUCCACUAUUGAGAGAACUCAUUGACUUUGUGGAACCCAAAGGGAUAACGAUCAUGAGCGACGAGGUAUAUAGGCCUAUUUUCCACGGUAUAUCUCCCGUGUCAAAUGAUUUCCCGCCCUCGAUCCUGUCGCUGGGGUACACCAACACCAUCGCCACCGGGUCCAUGUCAAAAGCGUACAGUCUUGCGGGCAUUCGCACCGGGUGGAUCGCGUCGCGCAACCGGGACAUCGUCGAGAAAAUCGCUGCCACGCGACACUACACCACCAUUUCGGUUUCGUCCAUCUGCGAGCGCGUCGCCGCCUUUGCGCUCUCCCCCUCCACGAUCCACAACUUGCUCUCGCGGAACAUCACUCUGGCGAAGGCAAAUCUGGAGAUCCUGGAGCGCUUUGUAAUAAAGCACGAUGACAUUUGCGAGUGGGUGAAGCCGGUGGCGGGCACCACCGCCUUUUUGAAGUUCCAUAGAGACGGCAAGCCUGUAGACUCGACGGAGAUGUGUAAGAGGAUCGGAAAGGAAUGCAGUGUUGUGUUUGUGCCCGGUGCUUAUGGCUUUGGAGAUGAAUUCAAAGGCUAUGUGAGAGUAGGGUACGUGUGCAAAACGGAAGUUUUGAAGGAAGGUCUGGAAAAGGUGAGGAUUUGGCUACGUAAAGAGUUUGAUGAUUUGGCAUUAGCAGAGUGAGAAGUCCUAUACACUAAAAAUAAACAAAUAAAGAAAUGUUUUGAAAAAAAAAAAA